GACACGCCUUCUUUAGGGCCUUGGAUUGAGUGCGUUCUUAGCAAGGAGCCGAUGGGGGCGAACGAUCGCAUCUGCUCGCCGUUGACGAUGGCCCCUCGAUCAGCCACUUCCGUCGUCGUCGUCUUCUUCUUCUUCCUGUUCAAUUCCUCCUCCGCCGCUGAUGCCGCCGCCGGCGGCGGCGGCGGCGGCAAUGACAAUCUGACGGCCUAUGAGGCCCUCGCAUCGUACGACUUACCACCGGGACUUCUACCCCAGGGCGCCCUCGGGUAUGACCUCAAUGCUCCCACCGGAGCCUUCUCCGCCUACCUCAACGGCACCUGCAGUUUCUCCCUCGAUGGCUCCUACCAGCUCCGCUACAAAUCCACCAUCACCGGCGUCAUCUCGCCCGGCCGCCUCUCCGACCUCCACGGCGUCAGCGUCAAGAUCCUCCUUUUCUGGGUCAACAUCAUCGAGGUCCGCCGCCUCACUGACUCCCUCCGCUUCUCCGUCGGCAUCGCCUCCGCCGACUUCGCCAUGAGCAACUUCUACAUCUCCCCCCGCUGCGGCUGCGGCUUGAACUGCCCCGACGACCACGAUUCGUAUGAGGCUGUCCGGUUCCCCCUCCGACUCCCUGGCCUUCACCGCGAUGCGGUGAGCCGUUCAUGAGAUCUGUUAGGGUAAGUAUCAAUUAGGGAUUUGCCAAAUCUUGCCCUAAAAUUUGCGAUCUAUAUCUACAAGUAAAGAUUUCAAUCUCGAUAUGUAUGAUUGUGAAUCGAAGCCCGAUGAUCUCUGAUUAUCUAGUAAAAUAGGGCUUUGUUAUGUCAUCUCAGUGCUUGGCUUGAAAUUUUAGUAAAAUCUUGCUUCUACUUUA